UCCAGUGAAGAGGGAUUUUACACUGACAGCCUAAUGUUAUGGACUAUGCAUUAAGUUAGCUCACUGGCUAGCCGAACAAUGCCAGCUAGAUGCUGCCGUGUUUAAGAAGACACAGGAUAUGGCUGACAGCGAUUUCUAUGGAUAAACGUCUAUUAAUGUGGGAUUUAAGAAAGCUGCCAAACACAGGUUUGUCUUUGAAAGGGUUUGACCAUCCCACUGACUGUCAUGGACAACGCGAAACCACACAGGUUGGUGCCAUUAUACUCACAUAAUACUGCUUCAUUUGUAGUAUAUACAUGUACCACAGCUAGAGGUGAAAUAGUGCACUCCUCAGUUACGCCAAUGUGUUUUGUUCUUGGUUCCUUUGCAUUACAUUGAUGGCAUGCAGGAUACAUCCAUUUUAUUCACUGACAGCUUUACGUACACUGCACGUGCACCUGCACCUCCCCGCUGGAGGCUCGUGCAUGGUAGACUUAGCUACUAAUGUCAAAAGUAUAUAAUUAUUAAUGGUUGUUAACUGACUCCUAUCUGCAAAUAAGAUAGAACAGUUAGAAAAUACGACAUUGCGACAAAUAUAGCUCAUAACUGAACUCUUUAUUCCUGUCGUUAAUAACUAAAUUUAGAAACUGCAUAAUAGCUUUGCUUUGAAUGAGAGGCGCGCAGCCUGCCUCUGCAAACAGCAGUGAAGUGAACAGCAGUAACCUUGGAAACAGCUAUUUGAAAGUGACAUGCCAAUCUGUUUAGUUACAAUAAAUACAAUUACAAUAUCAUUUUAUCAAAAUAUUAUGCUGUAUAAUAUAUUUCAUGAAUUUAUUCUACAAUUUACAUCAAUUAAACUUACAGUUUUCUACAAUAAACUAAGACAAAGCCUAUGGGACAAUACCUAACAGUUCCUGGCAGCUUAAGUGGUCAUUCAACACACUUUGAUGCUCAACAAUAAAGAAAUGAAAAAAAAUGCAAUCAUGACUUUUUUCUAAAAACUUUAAAUCAUUGUUUUUCAAAAAAAAGGAGGAAUUAUUUAAUAAAUAUUAAAACCUGUCGAUUUGAAGUUUUUUUUGGCUCAAUCUCAAUAAAGGUAAUAUAAGAGUUGGUGGUAAAACAAGUAAUUGGAGAUGUUUCUGAAGUCAACUAUGAAAUAGUUUCUGUUUGCAGCUUGUGUGAUGUGUCUAUAAAGAUAACGCUGAUUAUUGGGUGUGUUAUUUAUGUCUUAUCCUCACCACCAGCAGAGACGAGUGAUAUUAAAAGAUGUUUGAGAUGUUCAGCUGAUGUAACAGUCGCUCUCUUUACACCUUUUGAAGCACAUUUUGAUUUUUAUUAAUCUGAAAUUGUAAAUAAUGGGCCUGCCAAAAUGCAAAUAAGUUACAUAACUCAACCUGUGUUUAAAACUUUUUGAACAACUGGACCGUUAGUACUUUGCCAGUCCCCUGGCCACACCCCAGCACACCACCUCCUCAGUCUCAAUGACACACACUCUCAUACACCUCUGGAGCUGAAAGAGCCUGUUGAUGUAAGAUCUCCCCCUUACUCCCCUCCAUCCUGUGCAGCCUCAGAUUCAAACUCACCAGCUUCUCUUUGCUUUGUGAGGAAUUGGUGAGGCCACGCCAAAAUUCAGUUGCCAUGUUCAAAGAAGACUAUUUACACUCUGUCCUAUACUCGACCUGAAGUGUGCGCUUCUUCCUCUAUACGUACUGUAUGUGUGUGUCUUGUCUGCUUUUAGAGGUGUGUUAUGUAAUAACAGCCUUUUAAGAAGGAUAGCUUACUCUCUCCUUCAAUUAUUAAGCUCCUCUCCAGUAUGCUACAAAGAAAGAGUUGCCCAGAAGCGAGUUUUAUGGGAACUCAGAAGUACAGUACUAUAUGCCAACUUCUUGUGUCACUUCAGAGGAAUUUUAUGUUCUUGUGUGCAGCCACACAUGUUGCUACCCAUACUUCUCACUCUGACGCUGUUAGUCAAAAACGGAUGCUACUUUGAAUCUCUCAGAUCUCGUUCUCACUGUAGUGGCUCAUAUUCAGAGCCAUCAGUUAGUGCUAUUCAAUACCUGGAAUAGCACUUAAAGUCUGGAUCAGUGCUGCUGUUUUGUGAGUUAUUGAAAUGAGUUACUUAAAGAUCCUAUAAAGCAUCUUUCAUGUUUUCGUGUUUUUAUAGCAGUAUGUAGAAAGGAGGUAGCAUCAAAUGUUUGCUUUGCACAAUCAUAUAUUUGAUACUAAUCAGGAAAUUGCUUACAUAUUUGAAACUGGAACUCACUGCUUAUAUGGCAAUUUCUGUCGCACCAUAUCUGUCGUCACUAUCCCACUUUUUAUUCACCUACCUUAUCAAAGAACUUACUUAGGCCUUGCUAACACAUCUGCCCUUUUUAUUUACAUUUGCUCUGUGAAUGUCUAGCAAUGAUGAGGAUGAAGAGCUGCACUCCACAGACCCAGAGAGUAAAGAGAACAACAAAGAUAAAAAGACCCUGUGCAAAGUAAAGUGGUCCCGGGAUGAGGUAAGUACAGCAGGUUAUUUUAUUGAAUGUAAUGGGAACUCUGACCCUUUAUAAGACUUUUCUUUUUGAUGUGUUGAAGAAUGUACUUCUGCUUUAUAAGAACAGUGAUAUUUAAAGCUACGAUUUUAUUCAACUAGAGAAUAUAGCAGACAGCUUGUUAAUGUGUGUAAGUGAUAUUGUUUUACUUGAAUGUCUCUUCUUUCCUCAGGAUGAAAAGCUGAAAAAACUUGUCGAGCAGCACGGAACAGACUCCUGGAAAUUGAUUGCUAACUUUUUUCCAGUAAGUAUCUCAACCAUUGUAUCAAAAUUGUGUUGUUUGAAAGAAGUAUCCUAUUCAGACCAGUAAGUUGUCUUAUAAUUAUGAACCAAAAUGGUUUCACUGUGGUGGCAAGUGGCUGAAGAAGCCGUAUUUGCAGCUGUCAGGAGGAGUCUGCAUAACCAUAAGGUGAAAAUAGGGUGUAAUGAUGUGUUGUGCUUUGUGUGUGUUUGACACAGGGGAGAACAGAUGGCCAGUGUCAGCACCGCUGGCAGAAGGUGCUCAACCCAGAGCUGGUGAAAGGACCGUGGACAAAAGAGGAGGAUCAGAAGGUAAGAGGAGAUGGGAGUUCCCUGCUCUAGAUAGAAAGAGGAAUGACGACUAAAAAGGUAAAUGAUAGCAGAGACAGAAGGAAGCUGCAGGAAGUGCAAAAAUCACUCCAACUUGAGUGAAAGAACACAACGCAAACAGAAAUGCUACAAAAUACCUUGUUAUGUUUUUUCAACCAAAGUCUAGAAGGGCAGGGCACAUGCGCAAGCCUGCUUCCCGCUUAAACUUUCAGUGCCAGAGCUUUUAGUCUUUUUUUCUUCUUUGCAGAGUAAUUUCUCCACUACGUCAUCCCUAAUAAAGCACAGACUCUCUAAGUCACUACCUCAGAGCCCCAGCCCUUCUUGUACAGAGUGAAGCUCUAAAUAUUUCCUUCAUCCUUCAGCAGAACAAUGCAUUUCUCAAAUAGGUCAAAAAUGUUGAGAAUGGUGUCUCAUUCCUGCAACAUUUCAGCUUCCAAGCAGACCUAUCGAUAACAUUCAGGGCUGCCAGUAGUGAUGUCACAAAAUGUUCAAGCUUUGACGGCAACAGGCUACCAAACUCUGCUGCUGCAACAAUCACACUACUGCUGCUGUUUAACAGGCAUAGCUUAAAGAUGAGACUUCCUUCUUCAAUUGAAUUAUCCAAUUACUUUAUUCUUUUAUCAAUCUACACAAUAAAAAAAUGUGUCGCAGAAUGUAAAAUAUUUUUAUUCAAAUAACUUUCCUCCCUCAGGUUAUUGACCUGGUACACAAGUAUGGUCCCAAGCGAUGGUCUGUGAUCGCCAAACACCUCCAGGGUAGAAUUGGGAAGCAGUGCCGCGAACGCUGGCACAACCACCUCAAUCCAGAGGUGAAGAAGUCGUCAUGGACUCAGGAGGAGGACAGAAUUAUCUAUGAAGCCCACAAACGACUGGGUAACCGCUGGGCAGAGAUCUCUAAGCUUCUUCCUGGACGGUAAAGUGACCAUGUACACACAGCGCAUGCAGGUUUUUUCUGGUCACAUUUGAAGAAAAAAUGCAUAAAUUGUCUUGAUCCGUUGCCUAACAGGACGGACAACUCUAUCAAGAACCACUGGAACUCCACCAUGAGGAGGAAGGUGGAGCAUGAGGGGUACCUGCAAGAUGGUUGCAAGGGUUUUGCUUCUCCACACGCUGGAGUGAAGAGACGCCACCACAGGCCGUGUCCUCCAACCCCAACAGAGCCGCAGCACUGUGACCGCAGUCCCUUACCAGGACCCAGACCCAACCAGGUCCACUUAGCUCUAAGACUCCUACCACAACUAUCAUUCUGUUAUCAUGAUCAGCAGUUUGUAUCAAAGCGUGGUUCUCUGUAUUGAAGGUGGUGGGAUAUCCGUACGAUCCUCACAGCGAACACUUGAUGGACAGUCUUCCUGAUGAUUCGGGUUUCAUUCAGGUAAGUUUCUGUGUAUUUUCUUCCUUUAUAGUUUUGGAUUCUUUAUUUCCUGGGCUUUCUGUAGUUACCUUGUGACUACUAACCCUGGACACUUCAAAUCAAAUCACUUGAAUGUCCUGUUUUUUUUUCACCUAAUUUUCAAUAACAGAUCAAAUGCUGUACAGAACACUGGGAGUAAAUCUCGUGUUCUCCUGUUGAUUAUUAUAUGUGCAAAUCUGUUUUUUUGUCUGUUUUCCUAACUCCUUCCUUUCCUCCUGUCCUCUCGACCUCUCUUCCCUGACGUUUGUUUAUUUCAGCCAUCCUGCCUGGAUGAUCCUGACAGAGAGCAAAGAAUAAAGGAGCUUGAGCUGCUGCUUAUGUCAGCAGAGAGCGAAGUCCAACGACAAGUGCAGUGCAGAGGUCCAUGUGUAAGAACACACUCCGAAUGUGUGUUUGCAAACCUAGUCAGCAUAGCUUGCGUGUUUGUAGCUUAAAUACACUGUAAAAAGUUUAAAAACAGUCAUUUUAAAAUCUUGAUGAAAUGUAAAGUUUAAAAAUAAGUUUAAAAAUUCAAAUGAAUUCUUUUUUGUCCUGGUUUAGAGAAAUCAUAUUCAGACUUGAGUUCAAAGACUAACUGUGAUGAACUUUUUGCAGUGUAUAAGCAUUAAAACAAGAACAGCACACUCGUCUGUGUGUCUGUGGCUUGAGUUUCUGUAGUGUUGCUAUAGUAACUGCCUUCCCUAUGCACUGUACUUGCUAUACUUUAUUAAACUGGCCUGAGGCUGUGCCUGGUAGCCCCUCGUUCCACCUCCCCUCAUCACCAUCGCUCCAAACAUGAACCUGCUCCCCUCUCCCCCUCCUCCAGUCCUCAUCCCCAUGCCCACGCUGAGCCAGCAGUUUGAACCAAAGCACUCUCCUCCGUCUCUCCUCUUCUUGUUCUCACUCAUUUCAUGUUAUUAGUCAUUCUUCACAUCCAGUGACUUCAUAGUGAAUGGUGGAGACUAGAUCAACUUGUUGUAGCAUCACCAGUGUUUACCAUUCUUCACUUUUCAUCUCGAAUUUUAUGCAAAUUUAGAAAUUUCAAUCAGGCAAAUAUGUUUUUAACACCCUAAUUCUCCUCUCAUCCUCCCUCCUCAGAGUCUGGAGCAGUACUCACCGUGGUCUGACUCUGUAUCAGAUGACGCACUGACCGCAGGUAGCAGCAGCUUGGAGGGGCAACCAGAGAGAAGGUCCUGGAGGGGGCCUCCAUCCCAGCUUCCUGUCUCUCCCAGCAAGUUCCUGGCUGUCGAGGCCAGCACUGUGCUCUCCACUCUGCACACCAUACCUGAGUUUGCAGAGACCAUGGAGCUCAUUGACUCAGUGAGUGAACAGAAAGACCACAACAGGGAACAUACAUAUCAUAGCAUUUGUUUGCCUUGCAGGGCUUAUUAUGAAUGUAUCUAGAUGUGUUUGGCUCUGCAGGAUCCAGUUGCAUGGAGCAACGUGGCCGGCUUGGAUUUGUCAGAGACCGCAACGCCGUCCAGGCAUAACCAGGCAGGCUACAGCACCCUCCUGCAAGAGAGGACGAUUGAAAACUCAGCCGGCUACACUCCUACUGCUUUCUCUGAUUGUGACAAGAACUGUGCUCCAUUUAGUCUGGGCAAUGUCGCCGCCCUGACUCCUAUCAGCUCAUCUAAACCCACCCAGGCAUCCGCUGGGAAGAGGAGGAGGAGAGAGAAGGGGGAGCUGUCUCCUCUUUCUGACAGGACUUGUGCCUCAUUCUUGGAAAAUAUCUCAAAUUCUCCAAAGAAAACGCCCAUGAAAUCCCUGCCAUUCACCCCGUCACGAGUAAAUGUUUUUCUUUUAUUCGUCUUUCAAUAAGAACUCGGUGUUGAUUCAACAUGCAGCUCAUACUGUAUGUCUGUUCUGUGUUUCCUUAGUUCUGUAAUACAUCAGGAAUGGAGCAUCUGAAUCUGGAAAAUCCUGCCCUCACCUCAACGCCUGUGUGUGGGCAACAAUGUCUACUCAACACACCGCUCCAAAAAGAAACCACACCUAAGCACCAGAAAGAGAAUGAUGGGUAAAAAGUUACUGAAACUUUGAAAAGUCACUUUGUUUUAAGGAAAUUUUCGGCAUGACCGUUAACCUUAAAUAAAGGAGAUUGUUUGGGAGAGACUUUGAUAUUGUCUGUUUACUCUGUAGUCCACGGACCCCGAAAUUCCGUAAAACGGUCAUGAUUCCAACUCCAAGAACGCCAACUCCCUUCAAAAAUGCUUUGGCGGCCCAGGAGAAAAUGCAUGGACCGCUGAAGAUGGAGGUAAAAGAUCAAAUGUCACUGUCACUGAUUCAUCCAUGAUAUUUCAGUCUUUUGCUCACCAAUAUUCUCUUAUACAAAACAUAUCCUUUGGUCUUGUUGCUAAAUUUACACGUGUGUGUGUUGGUGUUUUCAGCCACAGCCGUUGGCAUUUCUUGAAGAAGACAUUCGAGAAGUCCUUAAGCAGGAGACUGGAGCGGACAUCUUUAACAGGACAGUUGUCCCGCCAGACUUUAGGGCAUGGAAAAAUACCGUAUGUGUACUACACUUUACCGUUGUGGUAUUCAAAGAAACAUACACAUUUUUAAACAAAAUGAAAGAGAAGUUUCAGAUAAAAUGUGCUGAAUUUUUUUAUUUGUCAAUUGAUUUCAGAUGGAUGGCCCGGCGAGAAAGGUGCGUAAAUCCCUCGUGCUGGACCCUUGGGGGAAAGACUGUCUAAAUGUUCAUCUAUUUCAAGAGCAGGUCAACAACCCACAAGUAAGUCAUCAUACCGGUUUACAAUUACAGGGGCUGAUCCUGAAACUAGACCGAAAAGCAAACUCAGUGACUAUUACGAAUGUAGCGCACCUAACCACAAAAAGAUACUGGGAGAGGUGUGUUUGUACUUGGAAACUCCCAGACAGAGACAUAUAUUACACUACCGAUAAACAGGUUGAUGGUCAGCCUUUGAAAUGUCCUAAAAUCAUACAGUUAAUAAAUGAUCCCAGCAUAAUUUCUUGUGUGUUUUUUUUAGUUCCUCUUUCAAUUCAAUCUUAUGUUGCAGGUGCCGGAUGAAAGUUUACUGACAAGUUCCUCCCUGGUCGGUCUUCUCGCUGAGCCGGAGGAGUGCAGCCGUCCUUUGACUUCCGUGCGAGAGGAGCCUUCACCAGCCCCAGUUCAUCCUCAUCGCUUUUCAAGUCCCCGCAUGAAGAAGCUUCUCGCCUCCCACAAAGCCCCAAAACACACCAACGUACAGGUACGUGAGGCGGAAUUAGUUACACAUCGCUUCUGCGCUUAUGAAAGCCGACCUGUUGAGUGUUUUCCACAAACAAAGUGAGAUUAGCAGAAGGCUGACAUGAAUGCCAAAUACUGUAAUUCAACAUUUGCAAAGCUGGACUUUGGUUUUGAAAAUCUGCUUAUGAGCUUCCACCUGCUUUCUCCCUGCCUUUGCUGACUCAUGUAAAAUUCUGGCUGCAUUUCUUGGCAUGUCAACUGUUGAUCAGUAGAAAAAUGUGAACCAUUUUCAGGAAUAUGAGUUGUCUUUGUUUCACACAUGCCCCACAGUGCUGCUUAAGUCCUAAACCUGCUUAAAGGUGCAACCUUGCAACAAUAAUUUCCACAAUAGUGCAAUGAAGUAAUGACUAGUUAUAAUUGUUUAUACUUCUACAGGUGAGUGAGUGGGAAGCAGUGGUUUAUGGGAAGACAGAGGACCAACUGAUCAUGACAGAACAGGCCCGUCAAUACCUGAACCCUUACCCAUCAUCUGGCUCUACCUCAAGAGCCCUUGUGCUUUAAAGCCAUCCGUCCAGCUGAGCAGGCAAACACUACUACACCCCGUCCAACCUCCACUGAAACCUGUGAGAGACAAUCCAGUGAAAAAAGCAGAAAUGGACUGCCAAAACUCACCAGGACAAGACAAGCUGCUGGUAUUGUUUUCAUCACCUUUUUAGGUCACUGCUCACGUAGUUCUGUGUUUGUAGAGCCGGCUUAUUUAAUGUUUCAAAACACACAACAUAGCAACAGAAAAAAAGGUAGGUUUAGUUUCUGCACUCUACAGUGAUAUUAAAGCAACCUACAUAAACAACAGGCUGUAAAAAGUGUUCAUGUUUAGCUGUGGCUGCUUCUGAGUGUCAUAUUGUUAAUAUAUUGUUCAAAAGAUGAGAAAGACAUUUUAUAGCGUAACACUACUCACAGUGUAUCUCCUCUUGGUUCAGCUGAACUGCCACACUUCUGUUAUCAGAUAAAAACACUCACAUAUGAAAUAGUUUGGUUUAAUACGUGCAUGUUUUAACCACACUGUCAGUUUUAAUAAGACACAGAGCACAAUGAUAACCCUUGUUUUGCAAAAUUGCAGAAAACGUUUGGUUUCUUUUCUAUUAUUUCUCCGACAGCGGGAUUAGGUUGCUGAAAACCUAUCUUUAGUGAUGUGAAGUUUUUGAGGAUGAAGAUAAGAAGCUGUCACUAUUGCACUACUGAGUGAAAUUUUGCUGCUGAGGAAAAAAAAAAGGAGCAGUGUUUUAAAGGGCAAACUGGAUAGCACUUGUUACAGUAUCUUUUCAAACAAUACAGCAUUUCCUGUCCAAGGCCAUAGUGUCCAUCCUGACAUGGGUUGAAUGUAUCUCAUUGCAAUGAACAUGUGUAAGAACCUCAAAAAUAGAAGGGUACCUUAAUGUUUAUUUCUGUUUAUUUAUUAUCUUACAGCUCUAAAGCUUAGAUUUUAAUAUAAAUCCGUCACCAUGAGGUUUUAUGAAGUUUAACUUUGCUGACAAAACAGCCUCAAAAUGCUCACUAAGAGCUUGGACGAUGAAUGGUUG